AAGACGCUUUACAUUAUAUAUAAAUUUUAUUAAGUUAAGCUAGUCUCCACGUCUCCGCAUUGGCAUAAUAAUAAUAAUAAUAGUUGUUCACUUAUACAGAGCCUUAUCCCUGAAGGCAGAAGGUGAUGUGACGUCAAAAUAAGAUGACGACAAAAUAAGAUGACGACAAAAUAAGAUGACGACAAAAUGUCAAUGUUCAGAGGAACGUUACCACGCGACAGGGCAGCGUCCACGCACAGCACGGACAACAACCCACAGUCCAAAUAUCAAAACAUAACAAAAGCCGUAAUACACUCCAUAGCAAAUACAACAAAUCCAACAGACGGCAAAAGAUGGAACGACGAAUGAGUGCAGCACGUGCAGUUCACCGAUCAACAGAAGGUCAAGACAACAUGAAGACCACAACUGUGCCGAUCGUCAAGUCCGCACGUCGGACAAGAACCAAAGCCACCGACACAAUCACAAGUCCGACACAAGAUGAGGCAGCAUGACCAAAAUAAAUUUUAGCGCGAAUAUUUGUUUGCUAAUUUACUUAAUUAAAAUAAAUAUCAUUGUAAGAACCAGUGAUACCAACAAGUCGGAAGAAGACAAUAUUACCAAGAGUACAGUGCUGCCAGAUUAUCUCCCCUUUUCACUAGAAUCUACCAGUGUGUUUGAUUUGAACCACACUGACCGUUACUCGUUACCUUCAGCUCAUUCGCACUUAGAGCUUCAAGAAUGUGCCAAACACUCGCACAUUUACACCGUGAGGGGAAGCGAAGGGAGCAUCCUCAUUUCUCUGACACAGACCGACAACUCCCAUUCAUCCUCGGUCGUCUUCUUCUGCACCAUCGAGCUGCAAGUUUCCCAAGGAAUGGUGGCUCACGUGCGGACGUUCCUAGAAUCAAUGGCAGCUAUAAAUAGAGUCAUUAUAACGGAUGAGGACAACGUGGUUAUAUUUGAAAAUUAUGUCAACGUCCUCCCCACUGAAUUUUUCACUUACUCCAAUAUUGUGAGGUUUCAGCUGAUGGCAAGCACAACGAAAUACUCUUUUCGGCUGAACGUAAACUUCACGGCAGUCCCACAAGAAACUCAGCCACAACUCAACACUACAUUCCUCUCCCCAACUACAGGCUACAUCGACACAUCACAACCGAGCGAAAAGAAAGAAUACUGUCCCUUCAUAAACACGUGGACUUACCUGGUGGCACCUGAGGAUCACGCUACUGUUAUAAACAUAUAUAUUUAUGAUAAAAGGCAAGACUGCUUAAUUAAUGGCAUAAAUUUUGUUAUCAUCUUCGAAACGGAUUCGAAUUCCACACAAUAUAGUGUAUGUGCUCUAUACAAAAAUUCAUACACUGAGCCAGUUAUUUACCACGGAGGUGUACGUGUGCAGUACAAAAGUUUCACCACAUAUGACCGACCCUUCUUCAGAAUACUGUUCUCGUUCCACCACGUGUCGGCACUACCUGUUCAGGUGUCUGAAGGCAGGUGGAACUGCUCGGCCGUGCGAUGGGAGGACAUGCAGCAUCACUUCCCGUGUAACUUUGUGUCCAACUGUGUGGGCGGCGAAGAUGAAGCUGGAUGCUGGUCAGGUGACGGCACGUGCAGCCCGGGGACACUCCAGGCUGGCGGCCGCUGCUUUUCUCUUUCAUUUUUUGGUGAGGAAGAAAUGUCUUGGAUCGAUGCAAAUGAACAUUGUCGGAAGCGAGGAGGACAGUUGCCAAGUCUGAGUACAAAACGGGUGUGGGAAUCUGUGACAGACCUUUUCACGAGAAUUGGCAAAUGCUCUCAUUUCUUCAUCGGCGCGAGGACAGCUCCUCCGACAAUAUCCGUUAUGUAUAGAAACAGCUGGAUGUGGUCAGAUAAUACGAUCGCCUAUUUCAUCCACCUGUAUUCACUGGCGCUCACUCCUCCCAAUACCGAUCUUUGCACCUCUUUGGGGAUUAUUCUAAAAAACUAUGGAAAAAUUCCACUUUUGAUGAGCAAGUGUCAAGACACCGAUGUUGUAUCUUGUCUUUUAUGUGAGAUUCCGGGAACUUCAAGUCCGUAUGAAAACAAUGAACUGCCAGAGAUCAGAACAACAUCCACUUCAAAUUUCAUCCAGUUAGCGUACGUGCGAUGUCCUGAUGAUCACUUCACACACGUGUUUCUGGCGUGUGACGAGGGCUUUAGAUGCUGGGGUGGUACAGAUGGCGCUACAGACUCCUGUCCAUCAUCUCUGACACCAUUGCCUCCAUUUCAAUGUGACAACGUGCAUCAGAGUGUCCCGUACACGCUAGUCUGUGAUCAUCGUGCUGACUGCAAAGACGGGAGCGACGAAGACUUCUGCUACUUUCCACCCUGCGACCCUUUGUCUCCUUUUCGAUGUGCAGGCGGGAGGUGUGUCCAACAGUGGGAGCGCUGUAACGGACAAGUAGACUGCAAUGAUCGUGCCGAUGAAGAUCGAUGUCAAAAAGAAAUCAUGCAUAAAUACAACACCCUGGAUCUCGAGCUCCCCCUAAAAAUUGAUUUGAACUCAAAGGGAAUUUUUUCGGUUUUACCAUACAUAUAUAACUCAUCAGAGAUGUUUUUCUGUCCGGAGUCACACUUCACGUGUGUCAGCCUCCAGCAGGUGUGUCUACCUGUCUACCUCCGAUGUAACGGUGUUAACGACUGUCCUGGUCACGAAGACGAGGCGGCAUGUGACAGGUACACCUGUCCAGGCUUCUACCGCUGCCGCGCCUCUCAGGUGUGUGUUCACGAGAGUCACGUGUGUGACGGGAUCUACCAUUGCCCACUACAUGAUGAUGAAAUAUUGUGCAAUGAAACAUGUCCAGACAACUGUGUCUGUCGCGGCUGGGCUUUUGGUUGCUCGGGUAUCUUCCAUGCUGCUAGCUACCCUAACCUUCGAUACGUUAAUGCCAGUGGGACCUCAAUGAACCUGAUUGACUUUGUAAGUAAUAUCUACCUGGUUCAACUUAAUCUCAUUCGGUGUAAUAUAACCAGGUUGCAUGAGGUGACAUUGCCUAAUCUCCGAAUUUUGGACCUCAGCAGCAACAAAUUAACUCACAUUAGCAGCUAUUUGUUUACUGGUCUAACAAGACUCCAGUCUCUAAAAUUAAGUUUCAAUCCAUUAAAUAAAUUUUCUUUUAUGGACGUCAGACAAACAUCGUUUUUAAAAUUUCUCGACCUUUCUGACGUCCUACUUCCUGUAAUAGACUUUAGAAACAUUUUCUUUCCACACUAACAACACUAAAUCUCUCAGGUAGUGGCUUAGAUCACGUGACAGGACAGGGCUUUGAGGCAGCAAGAAGUUUAAGUUUUUUGGAUCUGAGACGUUGUCCUUUGACUAUUUUUCCACGAGAAAUAUUUUACAAUUUCACUAAGUUGCGUGAACUUUUUGCGGACAACUAUAAGUUUUGUUGCCCGGCCAUCCUGCCCCCUGGUUUCAACGUGCUCAACUGUCACGCUCCUUCCGAUGAAGUGUCUUCUUGUGACGAUCUGCUGCGAUCCGGUGUCUACCGAGCAGGAGUCGCCAUCUUUGCCACACUGGCGUUACUGGGAAACCUCA